AUGGUCGCCAAGGCAUUGGGCGUCUCCCUGCUCGCCGCGCUUCACAAGCGCGGUGACGAAGACCAGUGCAGAGACUACUGCCCUAAUGGUACCCUGACUGUCGACCUUGCUCCUACCAAGAUCGUUAUCCAGCAGCCCUACAAGGUCACUGGUUACUUCUCUGCCGACGGCCCCAUCACUCUGGCGCCGAACCUUGUGGCGACAGUAUCUGGCGCACCGGGCAUUGUUGAUACCACUGUCACCUUUUGCGAGAAGGAGUAUAGGACUGAACACAUCAUUGUCUGUCCUACUAAGACUGAGAGCGGGACCAAGAUCACGACCAGGACCAAGAGCGAGAGCACCACUGAGUCUACCACGGAGACCAAGACCAAGACCAAGACCAAGACCAAGACCAAGACAAAGUCUACCUCGAGCACAGAGAGCACCACCACAACUGCGUCAGAAUCGUCCACUACUUCCACCACAACUGUAUCAACAUCGUCCACUACUUCCACCACAACUGCGUCAACAUCGUCCACUACUUCCACCACAACUGCGUCGACAUCGUCCACUACUUCCACUACUACGCCGUGGACUUGGACAACAAGCAACACGACCACUCCAUGCACUACCAGCACCCAUUAUACCAAUUCGACUACGCCAUGCACUACCAGCACUACCAGCACUACUACAACUUCCACUUCUUGCAGCACCAGUACGACCAAGUCAACCACUACCUCUUGCACUACCAGCACCACGACUACCACCAGUUGUACAGAUACAACUUCUACUAAGCCUCACACCAAGACUACCAAGCACUACACCACCAAGACUCACACCACCAAGCCACCGCCGAAGCCCACUUGCCCCAUCGUCCUCCCGCCUGUCUGUCAAGACCUCGACGAUAUUGGCACCACCUCCCUCCAGAUCCAGUCUCCUGUGUGUCUCGAUAAGAUCGGGAUGUACGGCCCCGGCGGCGCGGCCAGGUGCCUGGACGUCAGGGCCAUCACAGGUAAAACCACGGGCGAGGACAUCAUCAACUGCCUCCACCGCGUGUUUGACGGCACCUGUCCGGAGCGGCUGCCCCCGGUCUGCAAGGCGCUCGCGACGGACGACGAGAUUACCCAGUACUUUGACACCGCAAAGUGUGGUGUCGCGCUUGGCCCGUAUGCUUCGCCUGCGGUUGAGCAGUGUCUGGAUGGAAACGGCACUGGCCCCCAGAUGGUCGCCUGCUUGAACAGGGCCCUGCAUAUUUCACCUUGA